AUUUUUAUUUGCUUCCGAAUAGUAGUUUCAUCUAAUUUUAUGUUCCAUUAAAAAUUGGUUUAAAAUACAUAGCAUCGUUCACGUUGAACAUGUCGGCACGAAAGACGUCCCCAGGGAAGGAUUUCUCAAAUACGGCUGACAGUAAAUGAAAUUAGGCAUCUGUAUUAAUAACCCAUGGUUACAUGUAACGGUUGUCUACAUCCGCCGUGACGUAUUGAGUGAAGAGUAUGGGAUGAUGAGUCGGAAGUACCUUUGCCCUUGAAGUCUUGCAUGCGUAUAUCAGUCAGUGUCACUCUGUUAUCACGUUUGAUUCUAUCGGUCCAGUGUUCUUCGCGAUUGUACUUUUGAAGAAUAUCCCGUUCUUCACCUUGCAAUAUUGCGGGUGGCCUGGAACAAUGUUCUCAGUUUGCGAUCAAGAAUGUAUCGUGUCAAUUUCACCAUGGGAUUCAUUUAAAAUACAUUUUUUAUCAUUCAUUUGUGGAUUUUGGGUUAUUCUGAAGAGAUUGCCACAGUGGGCAUGGAAUCCAAAAGGAUUCUUUUCGUUGCAAAGAAGAGAAGCCCCGCCCCCAUGCCUAGUAGAUUCUGAGUUAGGGCGGCAUUCGUACAUGAAGCUAAAGGGAGUUAAGCUGCAUUAUGUGGAAUCAGGAGAAAGGGACAGUCCACUUCUUCUCCUUUUGCAUGGAUUUCCUGACUGUUGGCUUAGUUGGAGGUACCAGAUUCCAGUGUUGGCACAACAUUACAGAGUGGUAGCACUUGAUCUGAAAGGUUUUGGUGAUUCAGACAAACCAUUGUGGAGACGCAGUUACCGUGUUGACACAUUACUGGAAGAGCUGAAGGAAUUUGUGUCUGCACUGGGUGUUACAAGUUGUACUGUGAUUGGCCACGAUUUGGGUGCCAUGUUAGGGUGGUAUCUUAUAUAUCAGUAUCCUGACAUGGUGAAGAAGUUUGUAACUAUUGCAUGUCCACAUCCAAAUGUGUACUGGAAUGAACUUCCUACAGCCAGUGCCUUCAAUACAAGAUGGGUUCAUUUUAGCCAACUUCCAUACUUGCCUGAAAUUGAUGCUCUGAAAGAGGAUCUCAGUAUUAUCAACCAGUGUUUCCACCAUCUGCAUAAACUGAACAGUAAAGAAACAUAUGUUGAAGCUUACAAAUAUGCAUUUUCUAGAAAAGAGGAUUGGACAGGCCCUAUCAACUACUAUCGUAACCUUCCCUUCAGCAGAGUGAGUGAGGAGAGAGAACAGGUGGAUGUGCCGUGCCUCCUGUUAACGGGAAACAAGGAUCAGUUCGUUAACUUGGAGAGUGUUGUGAAGUCUACAGAUUAUGUGCAAAAGUUCUCUUUGAAGAUUGUUGAUGGUGCAAGUCAUUUCCCACAUCAGGAGUUACCAGAUACAGUGAACAAGCUGCUGCUCUCUUUCUUAGUUAUUCCUGAAUCGUCUUCCCGAAUAGAGAAGCCGCCAUCUAAAGGUCUGGUGAAUCGCAUGUUUGGUGCUAUGAGCUCCACAAUGAAAUAUGGUAACCAGAUGCUGGAUGUCGUCCAGAAGAAGACAAACGGCGUUGUAAGUAGUUUGCCGUCAAAAGCACUCUAUUUUGGCCAGAGUCCCAGCUGACUUGAAGAGUCUCACUGUUAAUAAAUUUACUGUUGUCGUAAUACCGAUCCACGUGAUAGCGGAUGGAAAAUGUUUGGGGCUCGAUGUUGUUCUAAGUGUGUUUAUUAUGUGCCAUCUUAAUUGCAUUUUUUAUUCUUUAUGUAACAUUAUGUUGGAGUCUUGAGGUGUGGUUUAUGUUCUCUUUAUAAUACUCUAUAAGUUAUUCUAAUAAUUACUGUUUAUAUGAUAUAUGGGCAUUUCUGAUAUUACCUUAAGUGGACGGAGUAGAAUUGGUGAGUUCUACGCUCCAAGCAAAAAUGCAGAAGAUCAAUUUUGGUGGUGAUCUUGCUCUUAUUUUUAUUACUUUGUACAUACUUUUUGUGCUUUAAUGUUUACUUAUUAUUUUUGUGUGCAUUUUAUAACACUUUGUAAAUUAUUUCACUCCGUCAUUGUAUAAAUGAUGCGUCCAAGCUGAAAAGGAGGGAAGAGCAAAGCUAAUGUUAUAUUCUCCUAAUGUCAGGCAUGUAAGGCCGCUUACUGACACCUCUCUGAUACCUGUUCUACUUGGAGCUACCACCUUAAUUUGUUUCUUGUAAAUCUUUGAAUGAGUUGCCACUGUAACUUCUAACAGUUAAGCAGUCACGCACUUUAAGUCACUAGAGGAAUAUGUAAAUAUAAGUGCACGUUGAUAAAAGUAUGACAAGAAAUCAUGAUUUUUUGAGAGUAAUGUACAGCAAAAUGGAAAUCUUUCUUUUUUCAUUGACUAUUUUCAGCCAGUUGUAUGUCCUCUUAAGGUGUGAUUGUAAUUACUUAUCCUUUUAUUUUGCAAAGUAAAAACAUGCUGAAUGUGUGAGGUUAGGUAUCUUUCGAAGUAUUCCUCAGUUUUAAAUUUUCAUUGCCGCUUUUAUGAAUUUUGCACGUACGAUGACUACGGAGAAACAGCUGAUAAGAACGUAACAGAGGCUUUGAAUUUUGCUGUUUUAAAUGACAUCGAAACUACUGAAAUUGUACAGUGUGUUGUAACUACCCAAAGACGUCAAAUUGAUUUCAAAUAAAUUAGAAUGUCUGGUCUAGGAUGGGCAGUGAAGGCGAUGAAGAUAGGUUGUAAGGAGAUUAUAUUAAGACUAAAUAUUUUCACAAAAGUUUAUUUACAAUUUAUAUCUUAGUAUUUCAUGAAUUAUUCUAUAGGCCUCUUAACUUUUGUGGUUUCAUGUUACUUUGUUCAGUUAACCUUAUCUGUACUUUGUGCUGCACUAGCGUACUGUUAAACCGUUAUCACAGGAGUUGGUCAGCAGUCUCAUGGUAGAGGAGUUUAAACUGCUGUUUACAUUUAACAACGGUUAAUAAACUUAUCCCAUAUAUAUUUUACAUUCAAAUGGAUUCUUAUCUGUCUAGCGCAUCCGUCCCGCCAGUUCAUACCGGCUCAUUUUGUAUGAUUUAGUGCAAGAAGAAAUCAUUCAGAAUAUUUAUCUGUUUAGUGGUAUAAAUGAAUGCUAAAUUAUAAAGCAGUGGAGUUCUCGAACUAUAAAUUCUUUUUAGCUUACUCAAGUCCUGUGUGACAGAACAUUAAAAUAAAAAUAUGGUUGAAAAAGGUACUAAAAUGACGGUGUAGCGAAUGAGUAAUUGUUGCUGAAAAGGGUGCAGAAAUAGGGCACAGUGUGGGUUAAAGUUUUAGGGUGAGUAUUGGUUUCAGAAGAACAGUUCCAAGUUUAAUAAAAUGUUGUUUAGUGUGGAGAGGCAGAAGGAAUUUUAUACUUUUAUGAAAUUGUGUAUAUGUGAUUUGUAUUUUUAUAUUUUGGAAAGGAAGUGUAUAAAAAGUAAGCAAUGAGCGUGUUACAUGUUUGUGUUGUACACGUGUCUGGUGGUGUAAUAGUGAUAAGCACACAUUUCAGUAGUUUAACUUUAUCUGUGAUUCGCUAAAGGAAAUGUGUUGUAGAAUGUUAACCAGUUUCAUGUAAGUCACUAAUAAAAUUUCUACACCACUGUUUGUUAAAUUUAUUUUUCUUUAAAAUACUAUGGACAACUAAUUUAUUACAAAACAAUUUUGAUGUAUUAACUAAAGGAUAUUAAUGACAAACUUGUCAAUUUGUUUUCAGUGAUACUGCAAAAACAUUCCAGACUACACUCUUGAAAAACUUGGAAUAUUAUCGCUUAAAAAUGAUGUUAUUUAUUUACAUAGUUACUUUAUGUCCUUUUUUUU